AGAGCGCGCGGGGGGAUCGGACGACUGGCGAACGCUCCCGCUGCAUCUCCCAGGAGACCACAGGCAGCCAGCAUGAGUGACGGGGGAGAGCUCCCCACGCAGCUGCAGACGAAGCUCAAGCUGCAGCGCUCUCCGUUCGACGCGGAGUGGCGCGAUGUGACGCAGCUGAUGAGCGCCGCAGCGAAGGAGCUGAAGGUGGGGCAGAUGAUCCACGAAGACGACUUCAAGCUCUUCGACUCCAUGUCGGCGCUGGAGCUGAUGGACCCCAAGAUGGACUCCGGGAUGCUGGUCAAUGGUGCCCCGCCGCUGUCAAUUUCCGCUCGACUGGAAGGCGGCGACGUGCCGCUAGAGUUUUCGUCGGCGCGUGACGUGCUGGCGACGAUUGACGAACUGUUUUGCUGCGAGGCGGGGUGGCUGAACGGCCUGCCGCUGGCGCAGUCGCUGCUCACGAGCGUGUACAUGCACCGUGACCCGCUGAAUGCCCUCGUCGCGCAGCUGGUGACCCCGCUCGAGAACUUGGUCGAUGCUGGAGCGGAUGUGCGAGCUGUAUUAAAGGAGAGUCUGGGCACUUCGGCCAAGAGCUCGCUGCUGCUUGUCAUGAGUGCGGUGUUCUUGGCUACGUUGAAGACGGCGGACCUUGUGCGCGAUGCAGCGCUUCGUGCCGAUAUCUACGAGGAGGAAGACUUUUCGCCUGGAAACGGAUUUGAUGUCGGUGUUCUAGCUCCGAUUUCUGUUGAAGCGCUGGAUACGGUGCUGCAGGUGACACAAGAACGGCUGGAGGUGCUCCUCGAGCAACAUAAGGCUUCGUCGUCAAAGAAAUCGUCCAAGAAGAAGCACGGCAAAAAGGCAAGCGCCCCUGCUACAAGUAAUUCUGAAGCUUCUGGCGCGACUGGCUAUGAACUGCUGUACCCGAACGCUCGGGUUGGUGCCUUGCUGUGCGAGGCGUUUAUUCGCCGUGUUCAACUGCGAAGAACACUACUCUUGACGUAUGCUGGCCUUGGCUUGGCAGAGGGAGCAUUGGAUUUGAAGCAGGCAAGGGAGGGAUUCCACCGUGCUUACGAUCUUGUCGAAGGGAUGUCUACUGAACGACUGGAGCUGGAUCCGGAGUGCUUCAGUGGGAAGUCUUUUGGGUUUGACCCAAGCAUCAGCCGUCUGCUUCUCUCUGGGUCACCGCCGCGUGAUGUUAAGAUCUCGGCUAUUGAUGAGGCUUUUGGACAGAUGAAGAAGGUGCUGGAGGAAAUGGUGAUCGGUUGCUCCCCGCCUGAAUGGACGUGCAUGGAAGACCUGCGUAUCUUCUUGGUCGAGUUUUCUAGACAACAACCCACAAUUGUUGCACGCUCUUACGUACUGCUUUUCUUGUACGCCGACAGUAAAAUCUACGCCAAGUACAAUUUCAUGGAUUGGCUGUCAGCAUCUAUGGUGAUGAACGGUGUGCCCUCUGUGCUGCUUUCUACACAAGAGGGCGUGCUGUACUCCUCUCGGUGCAUCGAAACCGUCUACGAAUCGCUCAAGGUGUAUUUGCACAAUCGAUCGCGACAGCGCGCAAGAAUCGAAUAUUUAUUGGAUGAGUGGAGCAUACUUCAAGCGGAGGCUACUGCAGUAGACGAAAGGUUCACGACGGAGAUGAACAUCCCGAAAGCGGCAUACCCACGAUACUUUACAGCGUGGUCCCUUGAGGAAUCGGUGCAGUUGAUGCUUCAUUACGUGGUGCUGGGAUUGGAGCUAGAGCUUUACUCGCCGUCUGAGUUUUCAACAAUCUACUGGUAUUUGGAUUACUUGGAAGGCUCGCGCCUGCAAAACCUGAAUGUAACUUGGACAUUUGUAGAGAAGCUGAAAGCGAUUAUGCCGCCCGCUCAUCGCCACGGGCCGCCGGCAACAGAGCAGCCAAAAGACGAGUCUGCUACACCUUCCGAAACAUCUUCCACGUCUUCGUCUUCUUCGGCAAGGUCGUCAAAGAAAGGAAAGGCAAAGCACAAGAAGCACCACAAUGACGCUGCUGCAUCGGCCAGCCCUCAAGCUCCGGAGCCUGUGCGCGAACCUGUUGACCCCACCAAGGCACGGUUCCUGCGGGAAAUCAAGUACACGGAGUUGCUGCGCAGUCUCAUGCGCGCCUACUUCCAGCUCUUCAAUGCGCUAGAGCGCGAGGGCCUCGUGCAGGUGAAGCCGCCCAUGUACAGCGCGCCCACGAUCCGCUUCCAGCAUCGCUUUGCGGCCUUCCAGAAGCUCCACUACCCUGCCGCUCUCACGUACGAGGACUUCACCCAGAACAGCGACUUCUCUCCGUACGAGCUGGAGCUCAUCUACAAGUCGGCCGAGGAGUGCUUCAAGGUGGCGCGUGCGCACGCCGAGGCGUUGCUGAACGACGAGGAAGGCAUCAACACCAUCGUCACCGACGCCGGCGUGGGGCUUGUCCGCGGCUUCGAGCUCCAGUCGCUGCUCAAGGUGUCCAUCUCGAACUGCGUCCGUCUCGCACAGCGCAGCCAAACCGCCGCAAAGCCCAAGAAGACGUCGACGCCGCCCGCCAAGACCCGGAUGGAGUUCGACUUUUCCAUCCACCCGCACUUCCCAGUGGCAGUGUUCCCAACCCCGUAA